GAGGACGGCUCAGGUUAGGAUCUCAGCAUGGGGGUUCAGGAUGGGCGCUAAUGAGGAGGGUUUCCGCCGCCGACCUUCUCAAGAUGGCGGCGCCCUUCCCGUGAUGGCGGCUCUCGGGGCCGGUCAGGUGCCGCAGGGCGGGAGGGGAAUCCUGACACGUGCCGAGCGCGCUCACGUGACCAGAGCAGGCGGUGCUGCGGGGUGGGGCCGCGCCCAGGCCACGCCCCCGAGCCCCGGUGCCCCCGGGGUAGGGACAGCACCGCGGGCACGGCGCUCAUUGGGCACCGCGGCGGGGCCCGGCCGCACGGCCCCGCGGGGAUUGUUCCUCACAGCGUCGGCUCAGAGCGCCGGGCAGGGAGAGAGCUCAUUCUCCGCCUCCCCCGGGGCGGUGCUCCGGUGCCCCCCGCCCCUCACCGACUGCCCAGUCCCGCGGCAGCCGCUCGCACCGUAGCCGCGGCCUGGCCUUGCUUCGCCACGCCCGGUCCCCGCCCCCUGCGCCGGUCACCGGGGGGUUCGCGGUUCCCGCCGGCUCCCGCUGCCCCGCGAUGCCGUCUAACAAAUCCGUCUCGGACGCGCCCAUCGUACAGUUCAUCAACUGCCGUAUCCUGAGGGACCACCAGCUCCAGAGGGAGGACCUGUGGGUGCGAGAGGGGAAGAUCCUCAACCCAGAGAAACUCUUCUUUGACGAGAAGGGCUCUGCUGAUGUCCAGCUGGACUGCAAGGACAGCAUCAUCGCCCCAGGUUUCAUCGAUGUCCAGAUCAAUGGAGGCUUCGGGGUGGACUUCUCUCUGGCUACGGAUGACUUCAAAUCAGGUAUUGACCUGGUCAGUCAGAAAAUCCUCUCCCAUGGAGUGACCUCUUUCUGUCCCACCCUGGUGACUUCUCCUCCAUCUGUGUACCACCAGGUUCUCCCUCAGAUCAGUGUAAGAAAUGGUGGAACCCAUGGAGCAGGGAUCCUGGGAGCCCACCUGGAAGGGCCGUUCAUCAGCAAGGAGAAGAAGGGUGCCCACCCAGAACACUGCCUCCGCACCUUUGAGGCAGGUGCCUUCCAGGACCUGCUUGCCACCUAUGGCUCCCUGGACUGUGUCCAGAUAGUGACCCUGGCCCCUGAAAUGAGGAGGAGCAGUGAGGUGAUCCGGGAGCUCACCAAGCGGGGCAUCUGUGUCUCCCUGGGUCACUCAGUGGCUAAUCUGUCCCAGGCUGAAGAGGCUGUGCAGCACGGAGCAACCUUCAUCACUCACCUCUUCAAUGCCAUGCUGCCGUUCCACCACCGUGACCCUGGCAUUGUGGGGCUGCUGACAAGUGACAAGAUUCCUGCUGGGCGGAGGGUCUUCUAUGGCAUGAUUUCUGAUGGCAUUCACACCAACCCUGCUGCCCUGCGCAUCGCCCACCGAGCCCACCCCAAAGGGCUGGUGCUAGUGACAGAUGCAAUCGCUGGCAUGGGGCUGGCACCGGGUCGGCACACGCUGGGUCAGCAGGUGGUCGAGAUCGAUGGGCUGAACACCUACAUCGCAGGCACAAAGACCCUGAGUGGCAGUGUGGCAACCAUGGACACGUGUGUGCGACACUUCCAAGAAGCCACGGGAUGCUCAGUAGAGACUGCGUUGGAGGCGGCGUCUCUGCAUCCUGCUCAGCUCCUGGGGAUUGAACAUAAAAAGGGAACCCUGAAUUAUGACUCCGAUGCAGUGGGAGCUGCAGGGAGACUUGCUCCACCUAGGAUAUGCUCUGGGCUUUUGCUCCAGUGUUUUUUCCCUUGGAUGCUGGUGGUGUUUGGGAAACCCUUUGGAGUGUCCCCCACGUCUCAGCCGAGCAAUUUCCUAAUGCUGAAUGACAGCCUGUAUGUGCAAGCCACGUACAUCGCGGGCGAGGAAGUCUGGCGACAGGAUGUGUCGGGCAUGUGACACUGGGCUGUCCCAGUGCCCUCCAAGGCUCCCUGGCACUGUGGAUAGCAGCUCUGGCAACCACACCACUUCUCUCUUUUGGUUUUUCUUUUUCCCAAUUCCUUCCUGCAACUCCCUUAAAGGAGCCUCAUACCAAAGAGCUGCAUUUUCCAGCUUCCAGUUACAGCCAUGCCUGCCACAAAUUUGUUGAUGCUCAGUUGGUGGCAUGGGGAAAGAAGGCAGCUCUGUGCUGGCAAGGAAUGCCAGUCCUGGAGUGACCUACAGGAUUGCACAGCUGUCCUGCCCCCAGACAGGUGCUCCUGUCACCAUCUGACAGCAGUGAGGAACUAUCCCAGCUUUUGCAUGGUUUAUGCAGCACACACUAACAUGCUCUGCAUCUGAGGCAGACUCAAGCCAUUCCCAUUCCUCUGCCUGCUGUUUGUUUCACUCCCAGGCAGCCAUGACUUGUUAGACAUCAGCUUUCACCAGCUCAACUCGCAGCUCUUCCUGUGACAAGGUUUCUGUUGUUUCAGCAGAAGCUGAGGAUCACAUUUGGAUCUCCCGACAGCCCUUCUGUCGUGUGUCCCCAGAGCAAGGCUGUCACAGCUCACUGGCUCGGUGCCCUUGUGGGGCUGAAUCCUCAGGGCAGAGAUCAAACCCAGGAAUACUAAGGCAUUGCUGGUCCUUUGUGCCUUUUCCCUGCAUGGACAGUGAGUCCACAGAGCUGGAGGUAUGAACAACAUCCUGCCACAUAAAACAAUGUUCCUUUCACUCUUUGCUUUGUCUGGAUGGGUUCUGCAGACUCUGUGGCAGCCAUACCAAGAAGAGCCUUUGCAUCAUCUGAUGGGUUUGUGCAUUCCUCAGGCCAUGAGUGGGGAACUUUUGCUUUAGGGGAUGCAUCCAGACUGGUGGUGGUAGGCUCACGAGCCCUCAGUCCAGCUCAGGCACUGAGGGAGAAGAAAACUGCGGUGAGAUUCUGGACUUUCAAGACAGAUACGAUAGCUCACUAUUUUCUCCUUAUCUUCUCCAAUACUUGACUGCCAGAUUUUUUCCUGACUCUUGGACACUUGUAUGCGAGGCCUGAUGCUGAUUUCGACCCUACUCAACCUCUUAGAAUAAGCCUCAAGAUAAAGUCUGAAGACAACCUUGAAUAAAGCUUAAACCACUAAGGUGGUUUUUGUAGUAAGGGGAAGGCUCAGACAACGGCUGUCUCAGCAAGGGUGGAGAUUGUAAGGCAGACAAAAGUCUGGUUGGGAUUGGCAGAAAUGUACCGAUUUUUCCAAUAUCAUUUUAUAAUCAACAUUUGGAAGUGCUUUCCCAGCACUCUAGAGCCCUUCCGUAAGCCUUGGAGAAUUCCUAACAUCAGCUGCCAAUGUCAAAAGAAAUUAAAACCUCCGUGGUUUGAAGCAUUUGAGAGACACCAAACCCUGUGCUGUGCUGCGCUGUGCUGCGCUGUGCCGCUGCAGUACUGACCUCGUGGGGAUCUUAUGGCUGUUGUUGGAAACAAUCCAAGGGGGGGAAAAUGCCCAUGAAACAAGGUGUCUAACUUUUUAUUUACAACAUUAAAUAAUCAAAAGGAAAUCUAAAACAGAAAUGGGUUUACACAGUAUACCUGUAGAUGUGUAUUAACCUUUUUUGUCUGCCCACGGUGGUGCGUGCUGGCAUGGCCUGUGGCAGGCUGACGUGAGGGGCCAGGGCUGGUGUGGGUGCCCCUGCCUGCGGGGAUUUGGCCCAAGGAAGGCGGCACAACCAGAUACCCGCGGCCCGGCACACGAGUCCGGCAGGUCCCCGUGGGGCUCACGCGAGCAGGAGGGAGGCGCAGAUGCGCUGCCAAGGGGGGCGCUGGGGUCUCCGCCUCGGCGGGCCCGGGCGGAACGGCGGCGCGGCCGCAGCGCUGAGGGCGGCGCCACCGGCCCGGCCCGCCCACCCUGAGCCCGCGGCCGGCGGCGGGGGAGGCCUGCGGGGGGUGCAGGGGUGCUCCGAGAGGGCUCCGCGGACGCCCCCAGCGGGGCCCGAGCUCCAGUUGGCGGUGCCGGCCCGGCCUGGGAGGGGCUGGUCCCGGAGGCCACACGAGGCCCGUAACCGGAGGUGGGUGGUGCCGCUUCCUGCGGCGGCGGCGCGGGGAGCCCGGCAUGGAACGGGUUCCCCAAGGUAUGUUCCAGGAGGAGCUGGAGUGGUGCAUUUUGCAGCUGGAGGCAGAUCUCCACCUCUCUCCACACCCCAGACUGGCAGAAGAGACCUGACACAUUUUCAAGGUCCUGUGCUCCCUGGAGACUCCUCUUGCAGAGACGCAACAAGUGAUGAACAAUAUCUUUGGGGAUUGGCAUCUCAAGAUGGAUGAGGAUCAGAAGAACAUGACAAAAGGCAUGAACCCUGAUGUUGUAGAAGUACAGCCAAGCAAGGGGCAGGCUGCAGAUGGUGUGAAACAGUCUCACCGAACCCCUGAGGCAAAGCCAGAGUUGUUUACAUCAUCUGGCAGCAGCUUCCAAUUUGAUUUUACACUUUCCAAGACCGACCCAGAAGCUGACCCUGGUGACAGUGGUGCUGAGCAGGUAGAAAACAAUGUCAGAGCCACCAAGCAGGAGAACUGGAAUGGAGCCUUGAGGUUUGCUGCCUCUGGACAAGAACCCAAGUUUGUUUUCAACUUUGCCAUCCCAGAUGAAGACUGUCCUCAUCUUCAGUUACUUCCAGCAAGCCAACAUACAGACCACACAGCAGAUCCUUCACUGCCUGCUGAAUCAGCAGCUCUGCCACAGGCUGCAGCCUUGCAGAAGCCUGAGGUGACUCAGUUGACAGGGAAUGCACCCAAAGAGGCUAGAAGCCAUGUCACAUCAAAGAUCCCCCAAACAGAGACAGCCCCUGGAGAUGAGGCAGUGAUAGAGAAAUCAACAGGAGGUGGAGCUGCUGAGAAGAAGAAAAAGAAGAAACAAAAACCACCUGUCAGUAAGAACAAAACAGAAGAAACUGAGACCAGCAGGAAGGCAAAGGCAGAAGCUAACAGCUGUCAAAAUACAGCUACUUCCCAUCAGGAUGAGAAGACCUCUCAGCAGUCAGAUGAGCAGCUGUGGAAAGAGGUGGACUGGUGUGUAAACCAGCUGGAACUCGGCUUGAAGACACAGAAACCCACUCCAAAGCAGGCUGAGGAAGCUCUCAGGGCAAUCAGGACACUGCGCAGUGACAAGGCUCCACUGGUGAAGAAGCGUCAGCUCAUGAGAGCCAUGUUUGGAGACUACAGGAAGAAGAUGCAGGAGGAGCUGUGCAGAGAGCUGAAGCUUAUGGAAACAGCUGCAAAAUCUGCCAGGGUUGUGGAGGUGAAGGGAAGCAAGAAGAAUGGCCAGUUCAUCCGGAAGUGCUUGGGAGCUUGCAGGAAAAGCCAAGGUUCAGCAGAAUCCCCAUCAGAGUCACACAGGACACUUAACACAGGCUUAUUCAAUUUCACAACUCCCCAAGAAUUUCGCUUUAAUUUCUUCUAGAAAAGUCACUUUAACUAAAACUGUGCCAGAUCUCCUGUAAACUGAAGAACGGUGGAAAGAUGCUGUGCAGUAGGAAAUGUCAUGCAUGAAUCUCUGGAUCCUCUUCCAGGGUGCCUUAUCUAGAAGUUUAAACCAGCUCUGCCUGCUAUGCAUAUGACCUCAAAACUCAGCCUACAUAAGUACUCCUCUAUGCUCACACUGGAGAAAGGUAUCUUUGCACCUUGGGUCAGCAGUAUGGAAGGAUCUGCUUUCUUUCCUGUAGAAUUGACAUUAACUGUAGAAUCUGUCUUUUAUACCAUGAGAUUUUCCCUUUCUGCCAUUGCUUUUAAAUAGAGCAGAGCCAUUCUAGCAGCUGAGGUGGCAAUGCAUACAGCAGGGAAUGGUUUGGAAUCAAGAUCCAGCAGUGGAUAGCUGGGUGCUUCCACUCCCUGAGUCUGUGUGAAUGCAGCUUCUGGCAUCCAGCAAAUACCAGCAGUGUGUCAUCCUUGACAUGGAGGAGCACAAGCUCGGGGUCUUUGGGGGAAAGGGAGUUAGAACCAUUUUUGCUCAUUCAUCUCUUUCAUUAACAGGUACAGACCUAGAAUAAAACUGCACAUUAUGAUUUAAUCUAGUCUAGGGAUGUAAGGACAGUUGUUUCCAGGAAAACAGAGAUUUUUUUUCUUGCUGAAACCAGGUUCUGGACAGCUAGGAAGGAUGCACAAUCAGCUCUUAAAUAAAGUUUAUUGUAUAACUAGCUUAGUUACAAAUACCAGUGUCUCAGAGAGAAAAUUAGCUGCAUGCCAGCCUUGGGUGGUGGUAAAAUCAAUUGUCACAGCCUAAAGACUCGUCCAUUUGAUUUGUAUUAAAUUUUGCCUUUUUGAAUACGUAUCCAGUCAAUACUGCUUGAGUCACUGAACCCAUCUCUAAGUUCAGGCAGAAAAUCUUCCCACCAAGCCUAAAAAAUGCUGAAGGAGGAGGAGUGCUAUGAAAAGCUACAUGGUAUCAGGUAUACCUAGGUAGCAGUUAUUUCCUCCCUUUUAUAGUGCGUCAGCCAGUGUGAAAAGUGAAAAAUUGGAGUGUAGGCAGAUUCCAGGGAGUGCUGGGAGAGAUGGUGAAAAAUAUUGGCUCUGAAAGACUAAAAAUUUGAUCUUGGCUCUAAAAAAAAUUUUAUUACUAAGCUCUAAUGCAGGCAGUUGCAUCUUGCGAGCCUUUUUUUUUCUUUUAAAUUCUAAAUAUUUUAAAAGAAUAGUGUAAAGAAUUCCUCUCUGGGCAUAGGUGAAACUGAACCUGGAUAACAUAUAUGAUGAGGAGAAGCAUGGAGAAAUUAGUUGGUCUUUUAAAGUCAAUAGGUGAAAACUGGAAAUCAGGGUUGGCAUAUUUUAUUUGCCAAGGAGCACAGCUGUUACUUUGGAUGUAAAGAACAAUCUUAGACAGUAUUUUUUUUAUUUCCAGGAUUUUACAUUAAACAUACAAAAGCUGUGUCCUUGUCACACUUUUCAUGUUUUCAUGCCAUUUACUGAGAUUCAAGAGCAUCAUCUACAUGACCUUGGAGCUACAGCUGUUUGCUUCCCUGGCUGAUUAUGCAGGAGAUGUCUGGGAAAUAGUUUUUUUUUUUCUCGACAUGUCUCAGGUAAAGCUAGAUCUGCUAAAAUAAUAUAAAAUCCUUGCUGCAGAAGUAUUCUGGAAAACAUUCUUAUGGGGUUUUUCUUUUCUUCUGUUAGAGCUGGGAUUAAAUGCUCAAGAGACGGUG